AUGUCACAAGAAUAUAUAAAUCCUGGCACGUUAAAUUCUUCAAAUUCAUUGCUUGUAGAUGAAUUAACCGAAUCAAAUGAUUUGGUAGUUUUAGAAGAGCAACUAUCACCUGAUGAAGUGAUUCUCAACGCUGAUAUAAUAAACACAGAGCGGUUAAUCGAAGAAAGUAGAUCCUUAGAGGAGCAGCCAUCAUAUGCCAUUGAUAUUUUUGGAAUACUAAAGAAAGCUGCCAUUAAUUUGGUUUUACCAUUCAUUAAUGGUAUGAUGUUGGGUUUUGGUGAGAUAUUGGCACAUGAAAUUGGUUUCCGUUACAAUUGGAUUGGUGCAAGAGUCGAGCCACCAAGAAGAAUGGUGCAGAAAAAGAGUGAAUCUAGCUCAAAGUAUUUGUAG